AAAAAAAAAAAAAGAAAAAACCCUGACUCUAUUAGUCAAUCGCCUUCCCCUAGUCCUCUCUUCUUCAAGCUACACAGAAACCACCCUUCUCUCUUUACUGCCUUUUUGCAAAGGCAAGAGAGCUCUGAGAGAGAGGAUCCGUCGGUGUGCUACUCUCACUCCGACACUACAUCCGAUCGUCGCUGAGUUGCUUCAGUUUGAUUAUUCUGGAAGCGAUGGAUCAGUACGAGAAAGUUGAGAAGAUUGGUGAAGGAACUUACGGUGUGGUUUAUAAGGCACGAGACAAAGUGACCAAUGAGACUAUAGCUUUGAAGAAGAUCCGGCUGGAGCAGGAGGAUGAAGGUGUACCUAGCACAGCAAUUAGAGAGAUCUCCCUCUUGAAAGAAAUGCAGCACAGUAACAUUGUCAAGUUGCAGGAUGUAGUGCACAGCGAGAAGCGUUUGUAUCUGGUGUUUGAGUAUCUUGAUUUGGAUCUCAAAAAGCACAUGGAUUUAACUCCUGAUUUCUCUAAGGAUCUACAUAUGAUCAAAACAUAUCUUUACCAGAUUCUUCGCGGAAUUGCGUAUUGCCACUCGCACAGAGUUCUCCAUCGUGAUCUAAAGCCACAGAAUUUGUUGAUUGAUCGUCGCACAAACUCACUAAAGCUUGCAGAUUUCGGACUGGCCAGAGCAUUUGGUAUCCCUGUCAGGACAUUUACUCACGAGGUGGUUACUCUCUGGUACCGAGCACCAGAGAUACUCCUAGGAUCUCAUCAUUACUCUACACCCGUUGAUAUUUGGUCUGUUGGAUGCAUAUUUGCCGAGAUGAUCAGCCAAAAGCCGUUAUUUCCUGGAGACUCCGAGAUUGAUCAACUCUUUAAGAUUUUCAGAAUCAUGGGAACUCCAUACGAGGAUACGUGGCGUGGGGUAACUUCUCUGCCAGAUUAUAAAUCUGCUUUCCCUAAGUGGAAACCAACAGACUUGCAAGCCUUUGUCCCCAAUCUAGAUCCCGAUGGCGUUGAUCUCCUUACUAAAAUGCUGUUAAUGGAUCCGUCGAAAAGAAUCAACGCAAGAGCCGCCCUGGAGCAUGAUUACUUCAAGGAUCUUGGCGUCAUGCCAUAGAAAGAGAUAAAAACCAGUAAUCUCUCCUUCAUUCUAUAUAUAAUUAUCUUGCAGGCUUUUUUAUCCUAAGAAAAUUAAGAACAAUAUUAAUGGGUUUUGUUUAUUCUUUCUCUGAGUUCCUUUCCUACUCUUAUAUAUCCUAGUAACGAAAAAAAGAAGAAGAAGAUUUCGAGUGUGUGUUUUUUUUUUUACUUCUAAGCUUUUGAGAUCAUUUUCUUGUACUCAGAAUAUAAUAUGGUUUUUGUUUUGCAUAAUAUGCAACUUCUUUCUGUAUAAUAGUAGUGAUUUAUCAUAUAAAUCGAACGAGUUUUCUCA